GCGUGACAUAACCUCAGAAAAACAAAACGCAGAUUCAUCGUGAAUUGUUCGGGAGUGUGUUUUAUUGAGUUUCCUCUGGAUUUUCGCGGAAAAUGUCCAUCCUCGCGUACAACGGCGGCUGUGUGGUGGCGAUGAAGGGCAAGGAUUGCGUGGCAAUCGCCACUGAUCAUCGAUUUGGCAUCCAGGCUCAAACCAUCGACACGACAUUCGAGAAGAUCUUCGAGAUCAAUCCACAGAUGUUCCUGGGACUCGUGGGCCUGCAAUCGGACAUCCUCACGGUGCGCGACAAGCUGAUGUAUCGCAAGAACUUGUAUGAGGUGCGCGAGAAUCGCGUGAUGACGCCGGCGAGAUUCGCCGCGAUGCUGUCGAGUUUCUUGUACGAGCGCCGCUUCGGGCCGUACUUCAUUGAGCCCGUGAUCGCUGGGCUGGACCCCAAGACGAGCAAGCCCUUCAUCUGCAACAUGGACCUCAUCGGCUGCCCCAAUGCGCCGGACGACUUCGUGGUGGCCGGAACGUGCGCCGAGCAGCUCUACGGCAUGUGCGAGACGCUCUGGGAGCCUGAUUUGGGGCCCAACGAGCUGUUCGAGGUCAUCGCGCAGUCCAUGGUGAAUGCCUUCGACAGGGACGCCAUCUCCGGAUGGGGCGCCACGGUGUACAUAAUCGAGAAGGACAAAAUCACCACGAAGUCCAUCAAAACGCGCAUGGAUUGAGGAAUCUACACAAUUUCUUACACUAAUUCGCUUUCUUACGUCUCUAUGAAUAAAUAUCCCGUUUGUGGAUUGGAUUUGGUGGC